AUGUCAGCAAAUAUGCAUUAUACUAUUAUUCUAUAUAGCAUUCCCACUCUUGGUAUUCGUGAGACAGCAAGGAUGGUUUUUGAUGAUGUUGAAGGAAGAAUUGGCAAAGUUUUUAAGGAAGUCGAAACACAAAAGAAUACUUUGAUUUCAAAUCGAGACAGUGUACAUGUAAAAGUUGAAGCAAUUGAUCAUAAAAUUGAAAAGAUCAGCGAUGUUGUGUUUGAGUGGCUAAAAGAAGCACAGAUACUCAUACAAGAGGUGGAAAAUCUCACUUUACAAGAUAAAAUGCAACAAUGGAAUGAAUUCAGGAAAUUGUUGAAAAAACUAACCACACUCAAUGCGAAAUGCGAGUUUGAUCCAUUUUCAACUCCGAUUCCAAGUUUAGAGCACUUUUCUUCGGGAAAUAUUAUGUGUUUUGAGUCUAGAGAGAAGACAUCAGAUCAACUUUUUGAGGCACUACAAGAUGAGAAUUGUUCUAUAAUUGGAUUAUAUGGUAGGCAGGGCUAUGGUAAAACAACAUUAGUGAAAGCAAUGGGUGAGAAAGUUAAGUAUUUAAAGAUUUUUCACAAAGUUUUAUUUGCCACUGUAUCCCAAAAUCCAAAUAUCAGAACAAUGCAAAAAGAAAUCGCUGAUUCGUUGGAUAUGAAGUUUGAUAAAAAUAGUGAAGUCGGAAGAGCAAGAAGAAUAUUCUCCGCAAUAGAAAGUAUGUAUCGUCCAAUUCUAGUGAUUUUCGAUGAUGUUCAGGUGAAAUUUGAUCCAGAAGAUGUAGGCAUUCCUUGUAAGAGUAAUCGAUGCAAGGUCCUUCUCACCGCACGUUGUCAAGAAGAUUGUGACUUGAUGCAAUGCCAAAAGAAUAUUCAACUUGGUCCCUUGUCUAAAGAGGAAGCUUGGACUUUGUUCGAAAAACACUCAGGCAUUCACGAUGAGGAGUGUUCAUCCUCAUCCUCAUUCGACAUAUUGAAUAUUGCACGUGAAGUUGCUUUUGAGUGUGAAGGGGUGCCUAAAUUAGUUAAAGAUACGGGAUCUUCCCUACGAAAUAAACCGAUUAAAGAAUGGAAAGAGACGUUAGAUAGUCUCAAACAUUCAAUGGCCAAAUGGCAAAUUUUCCUUAGUUUUAGAGGGGGAGAUACGCGGUACUCUUUUACAGGCUCUCUUUAUCAUACUUUAUGUCAAGAAGGAUUCAAGACCUUCAUGGACGAUGGAGGGCUUAACACGGGAGAUCAAAUUUCACCCUCUCUUCUAAAUGCCAUUGAAGCAUCUAGACUUUCUAUUAUUGUUUUAUCCGAAAACUAUGCAAGUUCCACAUGGUGUCUUGAUGAACUUGUCAAGAUUCUAGAGUGUAUGAAAUUCAAGAAUCAAAUGGUUUGGCCUAUCUUUUACAAAGUGGAACCAUCCGAUAUAAGGUAUAUGAGAAAAUGUUAUGGCAGAGACAUGGCUCAACAUGAAAAUGUAUUGGGAAUUAAUUCUGAAAGAGUAAAAAAAUGGAAGUCAGCUUUGUUUGAAGUGUCUAACUUAUCUGGAAAGACGUAUACAACCGGGUAUGAAUAUGAAUUUAUUCAAAAGAUCGUUGAAGAUGCCAAUCAAAUUAAAAGUCGUUUACAAAUACAAACAAUAUAG